CACAACUGAGUUACUACAGCUAGGAGAGUUUGAGGACUUGCUCUCCAAGGACUUGCGUUUAGGGCGCACAUCUGACUACAUCUCUUCACUGCAAUUUAUUUUAACACUACUGCACAAACUUUCUGUAUUUACGAAGUAUCGUGGACUUUCUUGUCUAUAGAGGGCUGCGACCCAUGAUGAGUGGACAGAUUUAUGAAAAGAAGAUAGCGAGCAUUUUGACCGAUCUCCCCGGAUCUAUGAGUUGCCAUCCGAGCUCCAAGGACUCUCCGACUCUUCCCGAGUCCUCAGUCACGGACAUGGGCUACUACAGUGGACAAACGACUCACAGCCAUCACGAAUAUUACCAGAGUCAAACAUACGGGCAACAAAUGAAUGCCUACCAUCACCAAUUUAAUCUGAAUGGAAUGGGUGGUGCGGGAGUUUAUCCCACCAAGUCUGAAUACCCUUACACAAAUGCCUACAGACAAUAUGGACAUUACAACAGAGAUAAUCUGCAGGCUUCACCUCAAAGCUCAGUGAAAGAAGAACCCGAGCCUGAAGUUCGUAUGGUGAAUGGAAAACCAAAGAAAAUCCGCAAGCCGAGAACAAUUUACUCCAGCUACCAACUAGCAGCGUUGCAGAGACGUUUUCAGAAAGCGCAGUACCUCGCCCUCCCCGAGAGAGCCGAACUUGCUGCUCAACUCGGUCUGACACAGACACAGGUCAAGAUUUGGUUCCAAAACCGGAGGUCCAAAUUCAAGAAGCUUUAUAAGAACGGCGAGAUUCCCCUUGACCACAGCCCAAAUGCCAGCGACUCCAUGACGUGCAACUCCCCGCCAUCGCCUACGGUCUGGGACAAUAACUCUCUCACUAACCCGCCCAGCAGGUCCCAGGUCCCGCAGCCGCCCCGCAGCUCGUCGCCCCCCUACCUGGAGGAUUAUAACAACCACUGGUACCAACAGGGAUCGCAUCUACAGCACCCCGGCGCAGUGCAUCACCCAGUACCACAGCAAAGCGUUGGGGCUGUUUAUUAAAAGACUAAACAUAGAGUUGUAAUAUGAGGCCCUUCCACAUCAACUGAACUUUACAGAGCUCUAAAAAGUAUAAGCUGGCGCUGGCUUGUUUUGGACGUAGACCUGACAAAGGUGAAAGUAGGUAUUUCCCUGAAACGCUGUGUAACCCAUUUUUACUGUAGGCUAGCUUACCUACCACGGGAAGAAUAAUGACAAAACUGUUCAGUUGAUCCAUAUUAAAUCGUGGAUAUGUGUUUGCAGAACAUGAGUCAGAAACUCAGGUCAUAAUUUAUAUAGAUUUGUACAAAAUGUAGAAGGCUGUACAUAGGUGUUAAUAGAAAGCAGAACCACUAAGAUCAUAUUUGUUUGGAAUGGAAAUACCGCACUGUGGUGCUGCGAACCUUUUAUAUUCAUGUUGUAAUUAGUAUGUUAUUAUUGCCUUUCUAUCAAAAAGAAUAAAGAUAUCAAUUGAA